AUGGCUGAAGCCAGAGAUCCAACCGAAGAAACGAGACGACCAGCAAGGGAACGAUCACAGUUUCCACGCCUGGAGCGGAGUGUCAAUGCUUGCCAAAGACGUCGGGGACGGAAGCAGAAGGCGCCAUAUGCUCGUGAGACCUGCAGUACCCAAAAUGCUCAAGCUGCGUUCGUACUGGGUCUCGAUGCCUUGUAUUCGAUACCGGCAAAGGAAGUGGCCGCUCUACGGACUGAGAAUGAGAACCUUCGGAGAGAACAACAAAUCCCAAGCCCUUCAGGCGGUACCUUUUCCGCUACUGCACAACACUCAAUUAGCACAGGAACCAGUUCAGAUCCACCAAGUGAGCCAAACAAUGACACGGACUUGGUGGUCUCAAUGGCUCGGGUAGCUUUAGGAAGUACAAACGAGCCAAGAUUCAUGGGCACGAGCAGUGGAAUCACACUUGCAAAACUCGUGAUGGCUGCAAUAGAGAUGCCGCUCACACCAAGUUCUAUUGAUAAAUUGGGAGAGCUCGAGAAACGAGUUGAUUCCACAUUAUUUAUUACUACAGCGCCGGCCUCGUUACUAUCUCGGCGUGUUACCGACCGUCUUGUCGAAAUAUACUUUGAAUAUCGUAGUCCGUAUUUCACGUUCAUGAGCCGCCAAGAUGUACGGGAAAGCCUCGAGCAUGUUUACAGAUUAGAACUCGGCAACCGCUCAACAAUUCAAUUAAAAAACGACCGCCAUAUGUUUGUGGUUUACAUGAUUAUGGCAAUAGGACUUAGCUCAGGACCAGAAGUCCACAAGUCCAGCACCAAGCAGAGCGAAGGCUAUUUCAAUUCUGCUCUGAAACAUGUCGAUGCGGUAUUUGCUUACAGCAAUUUAUGGCAUAUUGCAGGAGUCGCGUUGAGACUUUGUAUCGAUUUGGGGCUGCAUUGGGAGGGAUCUUCUAUCGUACGGGAGAACCCGCACUUCGUCGAUGCCCGUCGUCGCUUAUGGUGGACUACAUACAAACUUGAUCGCCUGUUGUGCAUUACUCUGGGUAGACCAUUCGGCAUCGUGGAUCAGAGCAUCAGUGUUGCCCUGCCUCUCGUGACCGUUGAUGAAUCACAGAUUAAUUCAAUCACCGGAGAGUUUCACUCGAUUUGUCCUCAAAAGCGAGUUUCCAAUCAUCUCACCAGAAUUUAUCAAUUGGAAUCCGAGAUAAAGCACGUUCUUUAUCAUCAAUUCAAAUCAUCAUCUCUUGCAUUCGUUCGGCCAAACUACGAACUAUGGUUCCCAGACAUUAGCAAACGGCUCGAACAGUGGUACGAGGAUAUUCCAUGUACGCGCCUUACCGAGCGUCAAGCGGGUUAUCAAACUUACUCCUGGUGGAUGGCCUUUUACGAUAAUGCGCUCCUGCUGCUGCACCGACCCAGUCCAAUAAUACCACAGCCAACCACCACAUCACUUCGGAUCUGUUUGAAAGCUGCUCAUGAUCAGAUAUUCAGCAUUCGGGAGAUUUAUCGAGACAAUAACAUCGACAUGGUUUGGAUAUGGGUUCACAGACUUUUCCUAGCGGGCAUUACAUCCACGUAUUGUUUAUGGCAGUCUCCCCAGGUACGACAAGAAAUCAGAUUUGACGAUUUGAUAGAGACAACCCAGGCCUGCAGUAGUGUUUUAUCUGCGCUCGCUGAGCGAUUUUCGGGUGCCGAGGGGUGUCGGGAUAGCUAUGACAAGCUAUCCGUCGCUACAAUGGAGUAUUUUGCAAACGCUCAUGGCAAUGCACAAUAUCAAUUCUUGGGGCAUCCUGCAAGUCAUCAUUAUACGGGCACUAUCUCACAAGAUAUUACAGGUAACCUGGCUGGCGAAAUUCACAUCACACAUAGUCAAGAAGGUAAUCCGCAAUUUGACGAUCCAAAUCUCCAAGUAAACCCUUCGUAUUUGCAAAAUUUCGAUGGUUUUCCCCGCGACUGCCUCCUUCCCCUUAGAGGAAUGCAGUUUGGCGAAAUGUUUCCUUUCGACGAUAUGGAACUUGGCCAAACAUUAAAUUCUGCAGCUCAAUGGCCAGCUAAUACCGAUCUAAACUACUUUCCCGAGUAA